CACUUCUCUCCAACAACACCCUCAAUCUUGCCAGCUGUCGCAUCCCCGGCGCCAGUAACCGCCUCUGGGCCUCCGUGGUCUAUUCUUCAUUCCGCGGCCGACAUCUCCUCCCCUUCACCGCGCAAUUUCUCCCGAUACGGAGACCCUCGAACCGCCGUUCCUCUCACCGACCGUCAGCGAUCGCCCGCCGUGCAGCCAUGUUCCCUGCCCCGUCACUCUAAUUGACGCACAAUUGACUCCUGGCAUACAUCCCUCCAGCAGCAUAUGAUUACGACCUCCGACCUCCUGCCGUGUCCGCCGCCCGCCGUUGCCCGUCAUGUUAUUCUUCCGCGGCGGAGUCAACAGUCCGCGCCGGCGCAAUCAAGAAAAAGCCAUCCUCUGCACCAUCCUCAUCAUUUACGCCCUCUACUUCCUCUUUUUCGCCGGGAGCUCCGAUCCGAAACGGGCUGAAACGUCUGCUCAGGAUGUGGUCAAGGGAGGCCCGCUUCGGGACUCGCGGUCGGGGCAGGCUUCCCCGUCCGCGUCGGCCGCUGCGCAACAGCGCCAGACUCUCACCAAGGAGAUGGUGGUGGCCAGUCUAAAGGGCGACGACGUCUCAUGGCUGUACGAAUAUUUUCCCGAGUGGCAUAAGAGCGUACAUGUGGUGGAUGACAGGAAUGCCAAAUUGACGGUCGAUUUGAAUAAGGGGAGGGAAUCCAUGGUGUAUUUGACGUAUAUAAUUGACAACUACGAUAAUUUGCCCGACUCAGUCCUCUUCAUUCAUCCCGAACGAUAUCAAUGGCACAACGACGACCCUUAUUACGAUGGCGUGCCCGUCCUCCGCAACUUCCAGGUUCCCUACCUACAGAAACAAGGCUAUGUGAAUCUGCGGUGUGCUUGGGUCUUGGGAUGCCCGGCGGAAAUUCACCCGCUCACGGAUUCGCAUCGCAGCGAUGUCCACGCCGGGGAAUAUUUCAAGACCGGAUUCAUGGAGUUGUUCCCGGGGGCCGAGGUUCCCGACGAAGUGGGGGUUUCAUGUUGCGCCCAAUUUGCCGUGACGAGCUGGAAGAUCCGCGAGCGGCCAAAGAGCGACUACGUGCGGUACCGGAAGUGGCUGGCCGAGACGACACUGCCAGAUGCUCUCAGUGGACGCAUCAUGGAAUAUUCCUGGCACAUGAUUUUUGGCAAGGGCCCGGUCUACUGCCCGACGGCAGAGGAAUGCUACUGCAAAGUCUUCGGGCUGUGCGAUUUAGAUUGUCCGACUGAGGGAGAUUGCGCUGGUCGCUAUGUUCUCCCGCCAUACUCUUCUCUUCCGAAAGGGUGGCCAUACAUUGGCUGGAAGGGUCAAAAACAGGACCCGAGCAAGGGACUCCCGGAAGCUUGAUCGGAUGACAAGGAACCCCUGUGAUGUUCGAGUAUAAGUGAUGUAAUCCCGGUAUGUGGCUUGUUGGGACCGGCCAGGACCCAGCAGGACACCCCGUGAUGGAAUAUAGGUCCAUACCGAGAGCGGCAACGCGUCUGGCAGGUGGCACGGCAGCAUCGCGCACUGUCUGGCCCACUGGAAUCUGCUCGGGAAUGAGAUCAGCAGCUAUUCCACCCCGGCGCGGUUUGACAUAUCAGCAAUCUUGAAGGAUUAAUCGACAGCUGUCAUGCUGUCACUAACUGAUGUACAUGUACUAUAACCACUAUUUCAUGCCAUGUGAAGUAAUAAUCACGACUCAGAAUAUACC